UCAAUCGAAUCAAUCAUGAUUAAUCGAUUUGUACUAGAUCGACAGCAAUUAUUUCUUAUUUCGACCACUAUUAAUCAUCGAUGGAAAAUAAUGAUGUUGUUGUUUCAUCAUUUGCCAUCAUUAUCAUUAUCAUUUGUAAAAAGAAUAUUGAUUCAAAUUAUUUUAAUUAUAAUAAUAAUAUUAUCUUUACAAAUUCCACAAAUAUCGGCGGUUGGUGGUAGAGGUGUUGCAAUAUCAUCAAAAGGAAAUCGUGGUAAACCAAUUGGUGCUAAACCAGUUGAUUCCGAUGAAGAUAGUGGUACAUUAACAGUAAUUUUAGUUGUUAUACUUCCAGUUGCUCAAAUGUUUGCCGUUUUAUUAAUAAUUAUAUUUGUAAGAUGGUUUUAUCGUUGUUUUUGUUCAUUAUUUCAAUCAUCAUCAUUAUGUUGUAAUCAAUGUUGUUGUUGUUCUGGUGGUGAUCAAUCGAAAUCAAAAUCGAAAUCGAAAAUCAAAAAAGAUUCAAAUUCCACAUUGAAACAACCAAAUAGGAAAAAUAAUCGAAUUAGUGAUCGAUCUUCAUCAUCGACGGCUACCACGACGACAACAAUACCGAUGGUUCGAAUAAAUCAACAACAAUAUUCAUGUUAUGUACCGGAACCGGUCAUCAAUAUUGAUAAUCGAAAAAAUCCGCACAACAAUCAACGUCAUCAACAUAAUCAUCAUUAUCAUCAGGAUAAUAAUGAUAAUCAAUGUUCAUCAUCAAUAUCAUCAUCGAAUCGAUCAAAUCGAUCCAGAUUGGUGAAUAAUCCGAUAAUCAUUGCAAAUAGUGCCUGUAUGAAUACCAUGCCGAAAACUACUAAUCCUUCCACCAACAGAAUGAUGAUGAGCCAUCAUCAUAAUUAUUAUCCACAAUUUUCACAGUCAAAUCAUCAUCAACAGCGAUCAUCAUUAGAAUCAACAAUGAUGAUGAAUGUCAAUCAAAAUCCAAAUUCAAAUCCAAUAACAAAUUAUGAUGAUGAUGAUUGUAAACAUGAUAAUCAUGAUUAUUCGAUUACUAUAACUGAUGAUAAUGAUAAUGUUAGUAAUUUAGAAGAAGAUUAUAGUGAUAUGAUUGAAAUCGAUGAUAAUGAUCUUGUUGAUCGAAAUCGAAAAUCAACAUUAUUCAAUCAACAACAACAACAAUAUAAUCCUUAUCAAUCAACAAUCAAGUCCAAAUUCCCGGCACAAAUAUCUUCAACAACAAAGAAAUCAUCAUUAUGUUCAAUUCAAAAUCAUCAUUCCAAUCAUUCGACAAAAUGUUUACAUACUUAUUGACUGUAUAUAAUAUAUAUAAAGAGAACCAAAUGAAAUAAAUAAAUAGAUUUCUUCAA